CACACACACACACCAUUACCCGAAGGCAGCGAGUUCCUAGCGAGACCGCAUGGCUCACCUUGAAACCCCGCCCCUGUCUGUGAUUCGAAAACAAGGCUGUCGAUCACCGGCCGAAGCCCGAUGCCUAGGAAGGCGGGAACGGAAGAAUGCGACAGUUUCCAUGGAGAACAGGGAAGCGAUUAGAACUUUCUGUCCCCGGUUAGUGAUUGGUUGGGCCAGCUGUAUCUACGUAACAGGAAGGAGGGCGCGUUUCCUGUGAACGCGGAGAGAGCGUGUUCUGUCUGUGUGGAGCCUUUUUCGGCGGAAGUUGGGACUAAAGGGGUGAUCUCUGGUUAGGGGCUCUCAUUCUCUCCUCUAAUUGCACAGUCAGGCGAUUGAGUGCCUGUCAGUUUGGAGGUGAAAACGGGGCCCAUCCACCAAUAAGGUGAAGCAAUAGUUGUUCACACACCUGAAAAGAUUGUGCUACUGUUGCUAUGGAAGCUCUAAACAAUGCUACAAACCAGCACUUUAAGAACACUCGGAAAGAAUGAAAAUGCAAUGAUUUAAGAGAAACUUCGUCUGGACUCUCAGAAAUAAAGGAAUGGCAGAAAGUCCAGAAUGCUCUCAGACAGAGCUAGGCCACAGCUCCUCACAGGAUGUGUUGCUGGGGUUUCCAAUCCUGAGGCCAUCGGGCACUGUGCCAUAUCAUGUGCACCAGAGGGAUGGAGUGCUGAUCUGCGACAAAUUCCUACUAGGGCAGUGCCCACUGGAGGAACAGUGUCCACAGCAUCACACCCCCUUCCCCUACCACUGGCAGUGGCAGAACUGGAAAGACUGUGUCUGGCUCAGUUUCAGCUUCUCGGCUCAACACCACUUGGAGAAGCUCUACUGUACCAAGACGUUCGUCUCGGCGCAUCUGAAGAACAGAACUGACGACCAUAAUAUCUUAAACUUUGAAACCCUGAAGCUCACACUUUUUUCAUCAUACAGACGAAUUCGGCGUCUGUCCAAUAGCAGUGACCCUCAAUGCAACCCCUACUUUCCUGCAGAGUGGGAGGUUUACUGGAUGGAAUUUGGGGAAUGGAUAAAAUACUCAAAGUCUGUUGCAGAGGAGCUUGUGUCUGCUUUUCAGCGGGGCAUGUGGAACCAUACCUUCCGUCUGAACGAUUGCCUCUACAAUGUGGAUCUCAAACGUUUGACCCAGUGCAACAUAAAAACAGGCUUCACCCGCCGCAUCAUGUUCCGACCAGUCUUGCGCUCGUGCGCUUAUAUUGCAUCUUAUUUGGAGUCCAUUGCGUCAUCUCACACAAAAACCAUCCAUGGGGAGGACCCUCAGAAUUUCUAUUGUGGGUCUUAUCCUGCUGCUGCAUUGAUCCCACCACCCCAAGAGGGCACUGCCUUUACAAUGGUAGAGAUUACUCUGGCAGAGAUGGCCUAUCAAACGGUGAGCCGUCUCUUCCAUGCCACAAUGUCGGAGAAGACAAUGUUAGUGCUGGCUAUCUAUCGCAUACGGAACGACCAUCUCUGGCAGGCGUAUGUGAGGCAGAAGGAGUUUAUGGCUCAACGUCGCUCGCUAGAGGACCCAAAACCCCUCGAGAGGCAUCUUUUCCACGGUACAGGUGCUGCCCACAUACAGUCUAUCUGCACUGUGAACUUUGAUCCCAACUUGGCAGGCUUGCAUGGCACAGUUUAUGGCAAAGGCUGCUAUUUUGCUAAGGAUGCGUCCUACUCGCACAACUAUGCUUCACCAGCCAAGGACCAUGUGCGCCACAUGUUCCUGACUAAGGUACUGACAGGGUCCUUGCAACUAGGCAGGCAGCAACGUAAGCAGGCUUCCGUUUGGUUUGAUUCUUGCACAAAUAAUGUUGACGACCCCAGCAUUUUUGUCAUCUUCAAGAGCUGCCAGUGCUACCCCUACUUCCUGAUCCGCUACAAGGCAGUAGACACGCCUGUGGCGGUUGACUAAUGAGUGGGGAGGCUCCUCCUUUACAUCUCGGCUGCUAAGACUGUCCUCCACGUCUAGCCUGGGUCUCACUAAAUUACCUCACUAGCCACAGGGCUAUCUGGAGUUCACUUCAUAUGCUGCUCUCGGGACAGAGGUUGGAAUCUUUUCUUCCUAUGGACUUCCUAUUGAGUCCCAUAUGCAUACACGGGUACAUGUGCACCGUACAAGCGUGUAUCAACCAGACCUCACAAAUCCACAUGUGUAUCAUGCACGGACGUGCCAUUCAGAGCCCACACAUCCUCACCCGUGUCUGUGCGCACCAGGUCAAUAUGAACCCUAAACAUGUGAACCUCCGAGAUAUGCAUGUUUUGCCAGCAGCUGCAUUCGUGUAGAGCAGUGCUUUCUCAAUGCAGUUGUGAGGUGGAUCACCCUGUGCACCUGCUGCCCAGCGUGGCUGCCAGAUUUUGGGUGAUGCUGUUCAUGAUCAGGUGCAAACGCAGUCACUGGGACAGGAGUCUCGGCAGCCACCACUGGAGCAAUGAGGUCAGGCAGUUAAUCAAAAUGAAGAUCAAGUACAACUGGCAGUAGCAUAGAAAGAAACAUUUAACUGUGGCAUUCCCCGUCACAUUAUUGUGAUGGGAGAAGCCACACUUGGCACAAAUUUGUGUUCCACUCUGAAAGGAACCAUCUUAGGAACUGAAGCUGACAACCAUAAAGGGAAAUGAGGAUCCAUGUAGCCCUCUCCUACCCAUGUUUACACAGUUUUGAAUGGACUUGCUCCUCGGAUUGUAGCCUUAGGGAUUUUCCUUUCUCUAUUAAAGGUCAUAGUGUUUGCGGGGGUGGGGGGAAGCCCCCACCUCCUGAGUAUGAUGUGGGGAGAGUAUUCAAAUGGGUCUCUGGGGGACCCUGACUGUUGGUGGGGGGAAGUGUCUGGCUUAGGAAUAACUGCCACUGAAGCCUGUCAGCCAGUUGCACAGGAAGUUAGGAAGGCGGAUGCCUUGCAAGGAGCUGAUAACUCAACCCAAGGCUCCUUCCUGGCCCUGCCAGCUGCCUCCCCUCCUCCUCUGUUGGUUUCAUAAUAUCCCGCAGACUGUGGGGAGUGGCCUCAGUGGCUAGAGAGGGUUGGACUGGGGCCUCUUCCAGGUGCUGCUUUGGCCUUGUAUGGCCUCUUUAGGCCGUUCCUGUCUCCUUGUGUGGCCGCAAGGGCUUGGUCUGAAUUUGGUCUGGUGUGUGUUGCAGGAAUGAGUCAAGAAACAAGAGUGCCUCUCAGCAGGUAGAAAGUGCUCCCCACAUGGAGGAUGUCCAUACCCUGAAUAUCUGCCAAGACAGGAAGGAACCUUCCAGGGGGAAAAGUGGCAGCCCUACUCAUGAGGCAUCAGUUGGAUGUCCAUGCAGUAUACUUUCAAAUGUGGAUUCCUCCCAACCCAUAGUAUCACACCGCUGCCAGAGUCACCCCACCUCUGGGUGUUUUCUGAUGACCUGUUGUCCUAAAAUGUGGGCCUGAUGCCCCCUGACAAGGACAGCCCUCCGCUCUGGAUGAUAUGGGCCCAAAUUCCUUGACUUUGUGCAGAGACGUCUACAGGGACUCUCCAGAAAUAGGUCCAGCCCCUGAGGGUUUUGAGUUGUCCAUAUGGCAGAAAGAGACGGGAGGAGCCGCAGAAACCACAGUAACUGCCUUCCUGUGGUGGGCAGUGUUGAGAGAUGUGACUCUGGCUGGCGGAGCAGGGUGGGAAAAGGACCCAGAAUGGGAGGCCUGCAUUCCAGGCCUUGGUUUCCCCCCUUCUCUGCUCAUGGCAAGCAGGCUGCAGACAUUUUGACGCAGUGUUGCUAUCCCGACCACGCAGCCUACCCAUCCUCUGACUACAGCUGCGUCAUAAAUGUGCAGCCUGAUAAAGGAGGCAACCUACAAAACAGGUGUUAUGGGUGGCUGCCAUCCAACGGUGGCUACGUACAGCAUGUUGUAGGCAUUGCUAGCAUGGCAUUACAUGGUGCAAAACAGUGUUUGACGACUUCCAAGCUCCUUUUCUGUUUAAAACAACUAUAAAAAGCAAUAAUGCAUUUGUUAUAUGUAUUUUUUUACAACUAUAAACAGCGAUAAUGCAAUUUGUUAUAUCUAUGUGUCAACCACCAUGACCUCUUCAAGAAUACCAGGGAAUUAAGCCAUGCAUAAUGGUUUUAAUUCCAUCUUGACUGGGCUGCACACAUUCUUUGGAGAGGAGAGUGUGUUUGUUAUUCAGCUUCGGCAAUGCGAUGACCAGAGUGCCAGUCUGAGCCUACAAUCCCGUGAGCACUUUACUGCUUCUGAGUAAACAUACAUAGGAUUGGGCUGCAUGAAUCACUGCGCUAGAUUACUGCGUUAAUAUUCCUAUGCAAAGUACGCAUUCAGGAUAUGUUAAUAUGUAUUCCUUGUGCGAUUUAUCUUCUGCUGCAUUUGUGCUAUUGCAGCAUUCCUGCAUUACUGAUGCAAUACUUGAUUUUUUUUUUGAUUUUUUUUUUUACUCUUAUACUCUGUGUCCUGUUCUUUAACCAGUUACUGAUCUGUGUUAGGACAGGUCCUCUUAUCCCAUGACUUCUGAAAUGUGUUCAUAAACUUUCAGUUAGUUAUUUUGCCAAAACCCUUUUAGAAGUGUAAAUAUAUCACCCCUAUCUACAUUGGGGGGGGGAGGGGGGCAUUCAAAUAAUUCAAAUAUUUGGUUAGACAGGAUUUCCCUUUUACAGAAGCCAUGCUGAUUUGUUAUCAGCAAGUCUUGUUCUUUUAACAGUCUAGUCUUAAGAAAACACCUUGCACUAUUUUACCAGGGACAGAAGGUACCUUGAUGAGUUUCAUGAGUCCUUUUUAAAAAACUGCUUACUUUCUUAAACUAUGCUGCCUUCUGGUCCUUCAAUCAAAAGGCUAAAUUAAGUUAUGUUAUUUAUUAUGCUAGAAGUUUAACAAUUGUACAUUUGAGUUCUUUAAGAAGACGAUUAAGAAUGUUUAAAAUGCCUAUCUUCUCAACAUAUUGGGGAGAUGUUGUUUGUAUUUCUCUGUUGCACUGCAGAUUCCAUUAUAAUAUGGUGAAUCCUGCCUGACGGAGGUUGAGGUGAGUUAUACCUAAAGUGCCUCUAGUGGUUUUGUAUGUGUCAAUCAAUGGAAGCAUAUUUUAUGAGAAGCAGAAUAAAUUAUGCAAAAUAAAAGUGAUUGUAUUAUUUUCUUGAU